AUGUCUUCACCCGACGAAGCCGUCCCGAGCGGCUUGGGCAACUCGACUCUCGGGUCUGUCCCGGCGAUUUCGACUUCCGAGGCAUCCAUCCCCGCCGCUCAUCAACGUCACAGCUCGAAGCUUUCGGUUUCCGGAAGCCUCAUAGGCAAGAUACCUUCCAACACUCCAUCGCUCGCCGGCGGGCGAUCCCUUAACGCGACGGACAAAGGUACCUCUCUCGAAUCGUCCGUUAGAAAGUUCCGCAUCGUCGAAGCGCUCCGAAACGGCGAUACCGCUUUCAUAUCCAGGGCCAUCCGUGAGAGCUCUGAGAGUAGCCCGCGCGUGAGCACCUCCUCGUUCACAGGCCCGUCCGGCGCGCUCGAAGAUACCACGAUAUUACACCUGGCAAUUCAGUGCGCCGAGCAGCCCGUCGUUGAGUAUGUCCUGUCCGACGGUGCCGGCUCGCUCGAUAUCAAUGCACGAGACAAAGAUGGCAAUACACCUCUACACAUAGCCGCGGCACAAGGCCGGACUCACGUCGUCCGUCUCCUGCUAGACAACAAGGAUAUCAACGACGCCAUUGCCAACCAUCAGGGGCGUCUCCCCAUCGAUCUCGCCAGGAAUCCCGAGAUAUUCCAGCAACUGCAGCUCUCUAGAUCCCUGUUCGCCGAGAACAAGGUCAGACAGGUACAGGAUCUCAUUCUCCACGGCGAGCUCAAAGUGUUGGAGCAGGUGCUGGAAGAGCCGAGGUUCAAGACCGUGUUGGACAUCAACAGUCCCGAGUUUGCUUCAGAGCCCACCACAGUCCAGUCCGGCGGUACGCUCUUGCACGAGGCUGCCCGGCGCAAGAAUAGCCGCCUGAUUCAGGUCCUUCUGCUGCACGGAGCUGACCCCUUCCGUCGCGAUCGCAAGGGCAAGCUUCCGCAAGACGUGACAAAGGACGAGAUCACACGCGCAAUGCUGAAGAAGUCGCCCGCUGCCGUGGCAGCCCAGAGGGGCAUCCAGGAAAAGGCUGUGCUGGGCUCCACCACGCAGGGGGCGGCCUCGGCGACGCCUGGGGAUCCGCUUGCCGGGCGGGAGGCGCGAGAAAUGAAGGGCUACCUCAAGAAAUGGACCAACUACAGGAAAGGGUAUCAGCUGCGGUGGUUCGUGCUGGAAGACGGGGUGCUCAGCUACUACAAGCACCAGGAUGAUGCCGGAUCCGCCUGCCGUGGCGCCAUCAACAUGCGAAUCGCCAAGCUGCACAUGAGUGCUGACGAGAAAACCAAGUUCGAGAUCAUCGGCAAGUCCUCGGUCAAGUACACGCUUAAGGCCAACCACGAGGUCGAAGCCAAGCGCUGGUUCUGGGCCCUCAACAACUCGAUCCAAUGGACCAAGGACCAGGCCAAGGAGGAGGAACGGCAGCGGGCCCGGAAUGCAGAGCUGCUUAAGCAAGCCAAGGCUGAGCAUUCCCACAUCGCUUCAGAUGCCGGGAGCGAGAACGCAAGUUUUGCUGAGCCAUCGCGUAGCAGCAUCCAGCUCACGCGGAUGCACUCUUCAGCACGGGCGUCUAGCAAGGGUGAGAGAUUGCCGGCGCUCGGAAGCAACGAAGAGGAUGAUUUCGUCGACGCAGCCACCGAGGCAGAUAAGACCGACCGUAACGGCGGGACCGUUGCCGACGAAGCCGACGACGACGAAGAGUAUGGUGAGGGGUCGAGUGGUCAGGACUCGCCGCCGGCGAACAAAGACGCCUUCAACAUCACUGCGCAGUCUGCCAAGUUGCAACUCGACACCAUCGCCAAUGUCACGUCAGCCCUUCUCGUCGAGUCUACCAAGAAUCCCACGCUCACGCUGUCCGACCCUAAGAUAUCGCAAGCACUAGGGACUUACGACGCCGCCGUCCGCUCGCUUACUGGUCUCAUUGGCGACCUUCUCCGUAUCUCGAAGGACCGUGAUGCGUACUGGCAGUACCGCCUUGACCGGGAAUCCGAGAUGCGGCGCAUGUGGGAGGACAGCAUGGCUCAGGUUGCCAAGGAGCAGGAAGCCCUCGAAGCCCGCGUUGGUGAGGCCGAGGAGAAGCGGCGGAUGACGAAGCGCAUUCUAAAGGAGGUUGUGGAGAAUGGUAUUCUUGAAGGGAAGGGAAAGGAGGCCCUUCUGUCCCCGACGCCUGCAGCUGAACCUACACCGUUGGAAGGACCGACGGCUGAGGCUUCUGCCGAGGCUGCGGCCACCCUGUCACCAACUCUAAGCCUGGCGCGCCGGCAGACUGUGAUGACUCAGAUCGCCGACAUCUCCGACUCCGAGUCCGACGAGGAGGAGUUCUUUGACGCCGUCGACGCCGGCCAGGUGGAAGUGUCAGAGUUGCCGCCGUCAGAGCUCACUGCGCCUCAAGAAGAGAAGCAGCUCGUCAUCUCGGAUUCCUGCGACAUCAGUAGCUCGUUCAGGGGGUACGAGAACGGCAUCCGUACGCGGUUGAAGUUGGAUGCGGAUAACCGGCCAAAGAUCUCUCUCUGGGGCAUUCUCAAGUCCAUGGUUGGGAAGGACAUGACAAAGAUGACUUUGCCGGUAUCCUUUAAUGAACCCACUUCGCUGCUCUACCGCUGCGCCGAGGAUAUGGAGUAUGCAGACCUCCUAGAUCUUGCCGCGGACCGAACAGACUCGCUCGAGCGGUUGCUUUACGUAGCCGCGUUCGCUGCCAGCGAAUACGCAUCCACGAUUGGGCGUGUCGCCAAGCCUUUCAACCCCCUGCUGGGAGAGACGUUCGAGUACGUCAGGCCGGACAAGAAUUACCGCUUCUUCAUCGAGCAGGUCAGUCACCACCCGCCAAUCGGUGCGGCCUGGGCCGAGUCGCCCAAGUGGACCUACUACGGCGAGUCGCACGUCAAGUCCAAGUUCUACGGCCGGUCCUUCGAUAUCAACCCGCUCGGCACCUGGUUCCUCAAGCUCCGUCCCACCCACGGCGGCAAAGAGGACUUCUACACCUGGAAGAAGGUCACCUCUUCCGUCGUCGGCAUUAUCACGGGCAAUCCCGUCGUCGACAACUACGGGCCCAUGGAGAUCAAGAACUGGACCACCGGCGAAGUCUGCCACAUCGAGUUCAAGCCCCGCGGCUGGAAGGCCUCCAGCGCGUACCUCAUCUCAGGCAAGGUCGUCGACAGCAACGGCCGCGUGCGUUUCAGCAUCGGCGGGCGCUGGAACUCCAGACUCUACGCCCGUCUCACGCCGGGCUAUGAGGCCACGGUGGAGGAGCCGCGUUCCGCCGAGGACGCCACUACCACAAUCGACUCGCUUCCCGGCGGCAGCAACGUCGAUCCAAACAAGGCCUUCCUCAUCUGGCAGGCAAACCCGCGCCCGCAGGGCAUCCCGUUCAACCUCACGCCUUUCGUCCUGACGUUCAACCACAUCGACGACAACCUCCGCCCGUGGCUGGCGCCGACCGACUCACGCUUCAGGCCGGACCAGCGGGCCAUGGAAGAGGGCGAGUAUGAUUUUGCCGCGACGGAGAAGAACCGGUUGGAGGAGGCGCAGCGCGAGAGGAGGAGGGAGCGGGAGGCCAAGGGAGAGGUGUUCAAGCCGGCAUGGUUCACCAAGGCGCGGUGUGAGAUCACCGGGGAGUGGUAUUGGCAGUUCAAUGGGGAGUAUUGGAAGAGGAGGGAGAGGGCUGGGCCCCAAGGCGAAGAGGGCGUUUGGGCAGGGUUGGAGCCGAUCUUUUGA